UCAGGGAUUCUAAUGAACCCACAGGACGGGAGAAGGGUUGAGGAGGUGUGGGGACACAGCAGGCAAAUGGGGAGCUCCCAAUGCCGACCCUAAGAGAGUUCAGGUCCUGGUGAUGGCACAGCUGCCCCCGUUCCCUUUUAACUCAGGGUCUUCACGAGAGGUUUUAGGGCUUUUCUCUCUUCCUGCGUUGGCUCUGAGCCCUGUCCGUCUGCCCGCAGGCAUGCUGGUGGCUGUGUGCCAUGCCCUGGAGAACACAACGUCAGUGCUGAGCGAUCCCCCAGUGGCAGCAGCCGUGCGGUCACACUUCAAUGAGUGCCCCGACUCCCACCGGCAGUUCUGCUUCCAUGGGACGUGCCGCUUCCUGGUGCAGGAGGACAAGCCGGCGUGUGUGUGCCACUCGGGCUACGUGGGGACGCGCUGUGAGCACGCAGACCUGCUGGCCGUGGUGGCUGCCAACCAGAAGAAGCAGACGAUCACCGCGCUGCUGGUGGUGGCCGUGGUGGCCUCAGCGGUGCUGAUCGCAGCCUGCGUGCUCAUCCACUGCUGCCGGCUGCGGAAGCGCUGCGGGUGCUGCCGGGUGCCGCUCUGCGGGCAGGAGAAACCAUCGGGGCUGCUGAAGGGUGGAGCGUCCUGCUGCCAUACUGAGAGUGUUGUCUGACGGAGCCAACACAUCCCAGUGGGACACAGACACCGCUUCUUCCCUUUGGUUUCCCCCAUUUUUCCCCUUUGGUUUCCCCC